GCAUCCUCCUGAGCCGUAGGUAGGGCCGGGCGGGCCCGGCGGGGGCUGCGGGGAGGAGGAGUUUGCAUGGCAAUAUCUUGCUCAGGGAUGCUCUCUGGAAAGCUCCAGCACAAAGAAGCUGCACGGUGGCCAGGAGCGUGCGGAGCCCGGCGGUCCCCGAGCCCACCCUCCUCUGGAAAGCAGAAACCUCAUCAAGAAUAGGGCUCGAGACAGGUAAAUGGAUUCUUGCCUGAUUUUCAAUGCUCCUGGAAGGCAAUGUAGCCAAAAUGCUGGUUUACUUCUUUGUCUUGAAACCACCAUUUUCUCCUAAACCUGGUGAUUUUAGGUAGGGGAUUAGAGGAGAGGCUGGGGCCAGCACCCCUCCAGGGCGCUUCAGCACAGCCCUUCCCCUGCAAAGAGUUAAACUGACAGAUGCUACUCGGGCUCCUUUUGGGGAGCCAUUUUCUCUCCCUCAUUGUCUCACCGCCUGUUUUGUGUGCGAGUACAUCCUGCCCCGGGGAGCCAGGAGGAGCCCAGAAAUCAUCAGAUUUUCUGUCGUUCCUGGGCUUGCAGGGAGACUUUCUCCUCCCACCUUCUCCCAGGGCUGCCCAGGCUGCCCAGCCCUGAGAGCUGUAGACAAAGGGAGGCAGUGCCGGCACAGCUGCGGCAGCACCAGAGCCUGGGCUGUGCUGGAGCCUGGGCUCUGCCGGGUGGCAGCGAGGGAUGGGCAGCGCUGGCAGGGCUGGGGCAGGGGGGCAUUGGUCCCCCUGCUGGGAGCCGGGGGGUCGGGGGUGCCCAGAUGCUGCAUCUCAGAGAUUGCAUCUCUGGGCAUGGGCAGCAGAGCAGCCAGCACUGUGCCUGUGGCGCGGCAGGAGCACACGGGCAGCUUGUGGCAAUGGUGUGCCUGUGGCACGGCAGGAGCACACGGGCAGCUUGCGGCGAUGGUGUGCCUGCUGUGUGCGGGCAGCUUGCCUGCUGCCUCACCUCCCUGCUCCUGCCUGCAGCGGAGAUUGUGCUCCCCUCCAUCCUCCUCCUCACUCGGGGGGGUCUUUAGCUCCUGUUUAACUCGGGUGCUCCUGGGUGGUCAGCCCUGGGGGCACCAUACAUGCCACCAACCCUGUGUGGCAGGGGCAGCUCGAGCUCAUUGCCACUCGCCAUGCACAAGAUGAGCGUUUGGUUAAGUGCUGCCUGCACAAAAUUGUUUUUCUCCCCGCUGCCUCCUGGGAUGUGCGUCAUCGCUGGGCGAGAGAGGCCAUCCUGCAGCGGUCACCCCAUGCAGGCACGUCCCCCCUGCCCCACCACAGGCACCUCCUGCUUGGAUCCAGGCAGGGAAUCCAUUUGCCAGAUGCUCGAUGGCAUCUCUGGUGCCUGACACUGCCCACCCCCCUGCCGAGCCUGAGCCCAGCCCCAUGGCAGCUAGUUUGCAAAUGCUGCCUGGACAUGCUGUCCCCGUGGGAGGGACUGUCCUGCAGGCAGCGCCUGCAACAUGGGGUGACAAUGAACCACAGGAAGCAAUAUAGUGGCUCCGCAGCUGAACUGCAGAGUCAUCACGGCCCAGCUCCCCCGGGACCUGCUGCCAUUGUGGCUUUUCCACAUGGGCAGGGCAGGAGGAGGGCAAGGCAGCGCAGGCUGGCUGCGGGCGCCGGCUGCGUGCACCCACAUCCCUGCAGAUGUGGAGCAGCACCCACCACGGCGCGGCUGUGACCGCUGGCUGCUCCGCUACAGCCAGCACCUGUGGCAAAUGGAGGAUCCAAGUGACACAGUUUAACUGCAGGGCAGUGGCAGUGGCAGGCAGUCCCUGACCCUGGUGCAGGGAGUUGCAGCAGCAGACAGGGAUAGACAGUUUGGGGCAUUGCCACCAUUUCUGGUGUGGUCCUUCCAGGUGCCCCCCUUGCCUGGUGGUGGGUCUGGGUCCCCCCCUAGGCUCUGCAAGGGGAUAGGCACAGGGGGGAGAGGUGGCAUUUCCUUGGGUACUGGGUGACCCUGAGCAAGCGGCGGGCAGCCAAGCAGACCACGUAGGGAGCAACUGCAAGUUCCCACGGGGACCAUGGGCUGGAGUUCCCCGCCUCUGCCCUGCCUGCCUCUGCCCCUCUGCUGCCUGCAGCAGAGCCCAGCACCAGCUGCCUGCAAGCUGCAGGAGCUGCUGUGAGCAUCCGGGCGCCAAGGGGCAGUGCUGGCGUUGGGGGGGCACCUGCAGGGCAGGGGGCUCACCCGCUGCGGGAGGCAGCUGGGCAUUGCCAUGCUGCCCUAAGGCAGUGUCAGGACAGGGGUGUUAGUUUGCCUGAGCUGGGAAGACACCUGGGCUCGUCCCCACUCCCUGGGGCAGCCCAGCACGCAGGAGGGGAAAGCUGUGCGGGGCAGGGUCAGCCGCUGGCACGGCAUGUCCCCCGCAGAGCUCUUACAUCCCUAUCCCACAGGAUCUGGCCCCUUCCUUUGCCCCUAGCUUUGGGCAGUGCCCAGCCACCCUGCGGGGACCAGGAGCGGUGCCAACAGUGGUGGGAUUCCAAGCAGAGGCUGCUGCCUCGGGGCUUUAAACCUGGAGGGAUGGGGAGCCGCAGGGAUGGCAGGGCAGGGGAGCGGGGGGGAGGCUCUGGCUGCAUUCCUGUCUGCCCUGCCCUGCCUGGCCCUCCUGCCAGGCUCCCAGUAGCACGAUGCAUCCCCCACCGGCUCUGCUCAGCUUGGCUCUGCCUGGGGACCAUGGCGCCGCAUUGCUCUCCCUUGCUGCGUUGGUUGCUUUCUUUUGCAGCUGCUAAUGACUGACCUGAGGUCUGUUCACACACAGUCCCCUGCGUGGCCUCCGCGGCGGAGCAGCCAGACAGGACGGGGGGACAUUGCACGGGACUCGCGUAGCUGGUGACCACAGGUAGGACCCCCAAGGGGAUAUGGACAGUGCCAGCCCCAUGCUGGCCCCACCCCUCGUGACCUGGGAGGGCUCUGGGCAGCCAGGAGCCAGCCUUCCUCCCUGGGGUCCCAUCUCCUCACGGGCUCUCCCCGGGCUCUGGCUGGGUCCAUGGGGUCACACCAUCCCCAGGGCCACCUGCAUCAGAGGAUGUGUCCCCCAUGCAUGCCCAGCAGUGGGGAGGGGGCGUCUGCUGCGCUGUCCGGGGUCUCACAGCAUCUCUGCUUCCCAGUGCCACCAGCCCCAGGGGCACAGCCCCAGCUCCUGCCCAUCCAGACCGGCUGUGCCCAGAGGGGAGCCGGGGCUCAGGGAGCUGCCAUCGCCACCCAUGCACAGAUGCCAGAGCCGGGCCAGCCACAGCAGAGCAACACAGUGCCAGCUGCCAUGGGCCGGAGCCACGAGCCCAGCCACCCCUGGGGGACACGGCCGAAGAUUCGGCGGUGGUGACAUCUGAGGACACGGGUCUGCGUGUGCAUGCGGUUUUCCUGCAAGGUGCUGGGGUCCCCUUCCCUCCUGCCACUCCAUCCCAGCCAGACCGAGCGCAUGGGUCUCCCCCUGUGCCCUCCCCAGCAAUGGGCAGGGCAUGGGCAGGAUGAGACCUGUUCCCUUCACUGAAUGCAAUGUAGGAGGAGGGAGAAGGGGAAAGGGAAGGGGAAGGGGAAAAGGAAGGGAAAGGGGAAAGGGAUGGGAGUGGAGCUGUGCAGCUCUUCAAGGAGACAUGAUGGCCAGAGCCCAAAGGGACCCUGGUUGUCCCCACUGAUCCUACCCGUCCCUCUGCCUGUCAGCAGAGUCCCAGUGCUUUCUGGUCUGAAAGUGCCCUGCACCCAGCAGGACCCUGCCUCUACUCUGCUUUGAGAAAAUGCCUGGUUUGUGGAGCAGCCUGGAGCAUGGGGAGGGACACAGGCAGCGCAUCCUCCUCCAGAGGCACCUGUGGCAUAGCCCCCAUGGGGCCAUGCAGGGCCAACAGUGGCUCCAUAAGCAGGUGCGACCAUCGUCCCGCUGCCUGCCCCAGCAAGCAUCCCCCGAGCAGGUGGGAGGGCUGGGUGUGCAGUGGGGUGGGGGCUGAGGGCAGACACAGCUCAUGGCAGGGUUGUGGAAGGCAUUACAGCCCCUUGAAGUUCAAAAUGGAGAAGCAUCCUUGUGGAGACCAGAGGGAACCAGUGCUGCAGGAGGAGGUGACCCAGAGGAACACAGGGCAGAGGGUGCCCUGGGUGCCCCUUCCCAGCCUUAUUUCUCAGGGCACGGUUCAGAGCUGCUGCUCCUGCCGCCCCUUGGCAAUCAUCACUCCUCAGCUGCCCACUUCUGCAGGCAGCCCUGCGGAGAGGCAGCUUCUGAUGGAGAGGGGAUAAGCUAUUGGGCACCUUUCCUCUGCCCCUGUCGUGGUUCUCCCUGCUGGACCUCCUCCCCCCUCCACGGGCAGUGGGAGCUUGGUGGAGAUGCAGAGCAGCUGUCGCUGUCUUGGCAGAAGCCCUGCUCUUGCAGAGCUGCCCAUAGCCUUGCCCCAGGCACCGCCAGUGAUGCUUUUGCCCCUUCCCUCUCUCUGCUUCUUCCAGCCCCUUUAGCAUCCUUAACCUGGAGCCUUGCAAUGCCAUGUCACAGUCCGGCACUGCUGGGAUUCUCUCUUCCCGGCAGCCCAUCUCUCAUCUUCACUGGUACUGGGGCUGGGAAACAUGUGUUGCGUGGGGGCACACACUGCUUGGGGCGUUUUGUACCUCACCAGCGCGGGUGAUAGGGGCAGAUCCCUGCAAAGCAUUUAAUUCAGAAAGCAGGUUACAUUACGCAGGCUAAACCCUCCACUAACAUCUUCCCAAAUUCAAUCCAGUGGCAAAGCCCAAAAGUGCCUCCUGCUCUCCUGAGCCGGAGCCCCGCUGCUUCCGCAAGAGCCAAGCAGACCCAUCCCCAGGAAAGCACUCCUCCGCCGGCUAGCCGGGGGGGGGGCUAAUGGGGACCGGCUCUGCAUGCUGCCUCUGUGCUCCAAUAUUAACCUACUAACCCACCGGAACCCCUGCCACCCCCUCGACAAGGGGUGCCGAGGGCUGCCGAAGCCCCUGGUGAAUGGACUAACACACUAACCGGCUCCAGCGCAUGCCCUACUAACUGGCCUUGUCUCGCCUCCCACUAACCGCUGAGAGCCAGCGCUGUCUUUAAAGGGGAACGGAAAAGCUGGGUAAGUACGUUUGUAAGUGCUGGGUGUUGCUGCGUUGGUGACAGGCUGCACAGGCAGGGCCGGGCAGCCCAAGCCCCUGCAGCGGGCAGAAGUGGCCGGCAGACCCUGCCCCGCGCAGGCAGCCCUUGCCGGCGCGAGGAGAGGGUUUCUCCCCACACGCUGUGCCCGGGUCUGCCUGUGGAGUCUGUUGCUGACUAGGAGCCUAAAACGGUUUUAUCAGCAGAAGCUUUUCAGUUCCUUUUUAAGCCAGUAGAUCUCUGUUACUAACACAUUCCUGAACUGAAUUAAACAAACUAACCGUUGCUGCUUUUCUCUUCAUUUCUCUUCCAGUAUGUAUGUCCUCUAAGUCAGACCGAUUGUGCCAUGCUUCUGUUACUAACUGCCUGUACUAAUCGUACCUGACUUGUUUCUCUAUUGCUACUAACAAAUACUCUUUGCACUUUAACUCUCGGAUGCUAUUCACCAUGACAAAUGAACAGUGCCUUCCUUCGGGACUCUUGGUUAUUAACCUGCAGCAGCCCCAUUUUCAGUGCUGCUGAGCAUCUUUGUCUCCCAUUCAGUGUGAUGGAAAGGAAGAUGCUCAGGCUGGGGGGGCUUUGAAAAUUUCCCUAUUGGCCUUCUCUUUUCCAAGAAAUCUCAUGUGGCUAAAUGAGGAAAAGAGGCUGAGAGGAAACAGGACAAUGCAGAAACUGUUAAUAACAAUCGGUAAUGGCCGUAAAGGUCCAGCAAAUCCAGUUUGCAGAGAUUCAGCCAAAAAGCAAUGCUAUUGCCAUGAGCCCCACCGGAGCCCAAGCUCAGGGCUAUUCUGGGGCCUCAGUUCACCUGUCAUGGGGAAUGGUCUCGUGCUGCUCCCUGCAUCAGCACAUGGGCGCCGGGCAGCUUCAGGGCUCUCCCGGGCUCCUCUCUUCACUCCCUUUGUCUCUCCACAGUUUAUCUUGUGACCCUGAUGCAUGUGGAAGCCGUUGCCGGCAGCGUGGUCCUGACUAACCGCACGGCACCGAGGGCUGCGUCUAACCGCUGGGUUGGUACUUGCAGGGUCCCCCCCCAGCCACGAGCUGAACGGGCAGGAGCAGGCAGCGGGCGUGGAGGGUGGCUCUGCUGCCAGCUGCCUGGCAGAGCCAGGGCACUGUCAGUCUGUGAUGGGGCCACAGCCUGUGCUUUGCUUUCUCUCCAUCUGUCAGUCAGACAAACGUCCCCAGCCUCUACAAGGAUUCUGCCGGGGUUAAGGCUCCAGCAUCUGGCCCAUCUGUAUGGAUUUGGCAUGCAGGCUAGUGAUCUGUGGUAAGACACUGUCAGCGGUAGGUGCUGGCUGUACCAGGAGCAGUGCUGUGAUGACCAGCGGGGCAGAAAGAAGCCCUGUGCACCAGGAGAGGACGGUGGCCCCGUGCUGCUGGCCGGGACAGGGCUGGCCAUCCCAGACCAUGGCUGCUGGGGGGACACAGCAGUGGGGCGGCUGCCUCAACCAAGGGUCAGGGCAGCUCUGUCCAGGGGGCGUACAGAUCUGGAGAACAUCCAGCUCUGGCUGCUCUCUCUUGGCUUUGGCUUGUGUUCACUAAGCCCUUGGCGAGGACCUCCCCAGAUAACUCAAUGUCGCUGGCCGGCUUCAGUGUCGCCCGACAGCAGCUCUCCUGCCUGCUGUUGGAAGGCAGCGCUGGAGCAGGGUCCCCUGGGUGGCGAGGUUCAUGCCGUGAUGCUACCCGCCUUCCGUUGGCAUCCCCUCUCUGCACCGACCACAGCCUGGUCCUUCAGCUGGGGGGUCUUGCUGGGCUCUCACGCUGAUGGGGCUCCCCUCCCCAUCCAGCUCCUGGGCUGCCCGACCUCCACCUUAACCCGCUAACCACAAGCCUCCCUUUCCUCUGCACAGCUGUGACCAGGGGGGUUUUUGGGCUGAUGUUCCUAUGUUUGAUUGAAAGGGCAGGCAGGGUGCUGCUGCGGGCUGGGGACAGAGGGUGGAGCAGAGGCAUGAGGAGAGGAACAGAGGCAGGAAGGCAAGCUGGGGUCUGGCAGGUUCAGGGCUCCUGCACAGGUCAGGAGCAACAUGAGCAUUGAGGUGGGGUUGUCAGAGCCCACGCAUUGCGAGGGACUGCCUUCCCUACCCCCAGAGAUUCCCCCUUUCAGCUCCAGAGCAGCCUUCCAGCCAGCCCCACGCCCAGGGGGACGUUCCCAGGCUGGUCACCGAGGGGAGCGAUGGGACCACCAAUCACCCAGAUGGCCCAGAGGAUGCACUGGGCAAGUGUGACCCUGCAGAAGCAGCAAGUGGUGCCCACGGACCCCUCGGUGGGGACAGGCCACCAGUGCCCACUGGGUGGCUGCUGCCCCCUGCAGAAUGACCGCUCCUGGACAGAGGGGGGCUGGGGGUGUGGGGGUGAGAGAGAUUUCACAAAGCCAGGUUUCUCCUUUGCUCUGCCCCAGCACCUCAGGGCUCCCUGCCCCAGCUCCCCAUUUCCCUCAGCUAGGAGAGGAGUCAGUCAGUCUGUCUGUCCCAGACAGUUUGCUGGUGCCCGCCGAGCUGUCUGAAGAGGGGAGGUGGCAGUGUAAGUGGGGCACAAUGUGCAGAUUCCCCCUUUACCUGUUGCAGCGAUGGCAGGCGUGGGGCCAGGUCACGCCAGCAGCGAUGUGGGCAGAGAUCCGGGGAUGGCGCCUAGCCCUGGGGUGCAUCGACCUGCCCAGGGCACGCCAGCCCAAGCUGGCCAGGGCUGCCCCUGCUCUGCCGGGACCCCGGUGCCACCCCACGCCCAGCACGGUGGGAGCGGGCACGGCCACGGUGGGGCUGGGUGCUGGAGCGGGGCUGAGCGCUGGCGCGGGGCGAGGAUGCUCUGGGGAAGGGGGGUCCUGGGGCUGCCUCAGUGGUGCGAGUGGGAGUCCCGGGGGUCCCCACGGCCCCGAGGAUGUCCCUACUGCCUGUAACGUCUGCUGUGAACAUGGCAAGUGUGCAAACAGCCUGCAGUCUGGUGUCUUUGUGGGGUGUGGGGUGCUGGGGGAGCGGGCUGAGGAUGGUCUGGGGGUGCCCCAGCUCCCAUGUGCACCAUACCAUGGGGCACAGCGUGGGGUGCGUGGGAGCCGGGCCAGGCUGUUCUCCCCGCGGCCAUCUCAGCAUCCCGCUGAGCAGCCAGGGCCACCCGACAGGGUGUCAGGGCAGGAGAGGGACGGAACUGCCACGGCCCCUGGGUGCCAGGCGCGGGGCGGAAGGGGCUUCGUCCCGCGGCAGCCGGGGCAGGGAGGGCGCGGGAGGGGUGUCACCCCCCCGGGCACCGCCGGAGGAUGGCCCCGGAGCGGGGAAGUGACAGCAUCCAGCGCAGGCAGGGCAGGCAGCACGCCCAGGCAGCGCGCGGUGGGGUGCCGGAGCCGCCGGCGGGCACAGCCCCCAACCUGCUUUCACACCCCGGGACCCCCCCGCGGCGGGGGGGGGUGUUUGAGCGGAGAGGAGCCGCGGGCAGCGCGGGGCCGGGGCGGGCAGCAGCCGGGGGCCGCAGGGACACGUCUGCCGGGCGCGGGGAGGCGGGGGGCGGCCCGGGGUGCUGCCGGCCCUGCCCGUGGGGCGCUGGGCACCCGCCGGUACCGGCCCGGCCAGGCCCGGGAGGGCGGCGGCAGGUGGAGCUCGUGCUCCAGGAAAGCCCUGCUCGCAGUCCUGCCCGUAACUCGGCGGUGCCCUGCCCGCAGUCCUGCCCGCAGCCCCGCACAGGGGCAGGAGCGAGGGCAGAGGGACCGGUGCGGCCCCCCCGGGGCAGCCCCGGGAGGAGAUGUGCCACUGCUGCCUGGGUGCUGCCGAGCACCCCGGCUCCCCCCGGGAAGGGGCUAA